CCUGUACUGAGGACUCCCCAUCUGGACACAGUGCUUCAGGUGAGGUCUCCCAGCACAGAGCAGAGAGGCAGAUCCCCUCCCUUGCAUGUCUCAUUCCCUGUGCCAUGAGUGAGAACCUCAGGAGAUGCCAUGCUAACUCACUGGUCCCGUUGCAUCUUCAGGGUAGAACAAGGGCAUCACACAGACAGAUGUGAUGAGCUCCAGAGCCUGAAGAAGCAGGGCAGGCUGAGAGCUGCCAUCAGCCUCCAUGGGUGACUUCACCGUACAGGUUGCUGGCAGAAGACAAAGCCCUCUCUGACACUGGUUGACUCUUUCUGCAGUUGCCUGCUUGCAGACAGACAGAUAAACACCAUCAAACAACAUGUCAGCCAAUGCUAAGCACACACCUGUGCGCAGAGAACUCCGUCCAACCACACUCUGUUGAACAUUCAGAGUUUUUUCCCAUUCGCCUGAGGUUGGACACGAGGUUCCUGAAGUGUUCACAAAGGCUCCUUUUACCACUGCAGUUUGCUUUGGGUCCUGUUUGCACUGCUGGCCUUGUCUUGUUGGUGCAUCUCCAGCUCACUGGCUCCAAUAGUUUCCCUUUCUUAUGAAAGGUGGCCUUGAUCUUCUGACGUAACAUGGGGCUCACCUGAUCUCCCCCCUUGCCUGGGAGCAGAAAUAGCACCUGAGCGUGGAGGGCUGUCCCUGCCACUGGCUCUACUCUUGAUUUUAAGGCAAGAAGAGGAAAAACAAGCCCUCUGGUAGCAAUGCCCAGGGGCAUUUCGCUUUGCCUCUGAGGUAUUGCUUUAGGACCAGCAGAGGUAUUUGCUUUAAGACCAGCGGAGCUCAGUCUCCACUGCCCCGCGGCCGGGCCGCCUGCACCCUCUGGCGGCCGCAGCCUUCGCAGCAUCCCCGCAGCGAACCCGCACGGCGCUGCUCUGUUCUCGCAUGUGAACAGGGUAGGGAUUUUCUGCCCCUGGCUUACCUGGAGCCCGCAGCCCGAGCCGGCUGGCGGGCACAUCACUCAGUUCAGGGGCCGCCUGAACCCGUUAGUCCUGAAAAGUUGCCAAUUCCUCCAUCCUUCCCCCACUCGUGGGGUUUGAAGGGGGUUGCUUUGGCACAGGGCAGGAGGAGGACUGAGGGGCAGAAGCAGCCUCCAAGCCAGCCUGCGACACGUGGGGCAGAUCUGCCGGCUCACAGCGCUGCAGUGUGCGCGGCAGCUACAUUUACCCGGCUGUAUUCAUCUGUAAUGCCACAGGAGUCCAAAGUCUUCGGGGGCAGCUCCUGUCCCUCAGAACAGCAGGGUCCGGAUGUCCCUUUGUCUGCAACCCCUCCUGCCAUCCCGCUGUCUCCAGCACGGCGAUGCUGGGCUCGUCCUUCCGCAGACCCUCUCUUAUUCCCCAUCCUUUCUGUCUGCAGGAGCGCUCGCUGGAUGCAGGGAGCGAGCCAUCACCCAGCCGCCCCGCAGUCUCAGCCCGCGUGCGGGUUUCCCGACAAGCCAGCCAUCCUAAAAGGGGCACCGAAGCGACAUCCAUUUAACCAGCACUCACAGCUGACAAGGGACAAGGCAAAGGCGGACAGCACCCGCUCUUCAUCAACUUUCAGAAGCAAGACAAAAGCCUCUUUUUGGCUCCCGCCCCGUGUCGGAGGGAGAGCUCAGCUCUGCUCAGCACGGCUCGGUCCCGCACGGCCCGCCCAUCGCACGCAGCGCUGAGUCACGGGGCGGGCAGAGGCAGCGCUGCUCCUCUCGUCCGUCCCCAAAGCUCAGCACCCGACGGUCUCGGCCGCCUGCAGGCCCACGCAACCUCCCGAGCGUCUCACCACGGCCGAGCCCCGCCGGCCGCCAUGGGCUCCAAGCUGUCCGUGGACGACUCAGUGCGCGUCGUCAUCGUCGGCGGCGGCUUUGGUGGCAUCGCGGCCGCCAGCCAGCUCAAGUCCUGGGCCGUCCCCUUCGUGCUGGUGGACAUGAGAGAUGCUUUCCACCACAACGUCGCUGCCCUCCGGGCUUCCGUGGAGAGCGGAUUUGCUAGGAAGACUUUCAUCUCUUACACCAUCACCUUUGGCGACAGCUUCCGACAAGGCAAGGUGGUGGGCAUCGACCCCGAGAGGCAGCAGGUCCUGCUCAGCGAUGGCGAGGAACUUCACUACUCCCACCUUAUUCUUGCAACUGGCCGUGAUGGACCAUUCCCUGGGAAGUUCAACAAGGUCAUUGACAUGGAAAGCGCCAUCCAGACCUAUGAAGACAUGGUUAAGGAGAUUGAAAAAUCUGAGCGCAUCGUGGUAGUGGGAGGUGGUGCUGCUGGAGUCGAGAUGGCUGCAGAGAUCAAAACAGAAUACCCAGCCAAAGAGGUCACCCUCAUUCACUCAAAAAUUGCACUAGCUGAUGUAGAGCUGCUACAAAGCGUCCGUCAGGAGGUGAAAGAGAUUCUCCUCAGGAAAGGAGUUCGCCUCCUAUUAAGUGAGAAGGUCAGCAACGUGGAAAAUCUCACAACGAACCAGUUCCAGAAGGACAUGGUAGUAAGGACAGAAAAGGGCACAGAAGUUGUUGCUGAUAUGGUGGUCCUGUGCACGGGAAUAAAGAUUAACUCUUCAGCAUAUGCCACUGCAUUUGGAGACAAACUGGCGAGUAACGGAGCUUUGAAUGUUAACCAGCACCUCCAGGUGGAAGGCUAUGACAACAUCUAUGCCAUUGGGGACUGUGCAAACCUGAAGGAACCAAAGAUGGCAUACCAUGCUGGGCUGCAUGCCAACAUUGUAGUGUCAAAUAUCAUCAACAGCUUGACACACAAGCCGCUUAAAACCUACCAACCAGGAUCACUAACAUUCCUGCUUUCAAUGGGUAGGAAUGAUGGUGUAGGCCAGGUGAACGGAUACUACGUGGGACGCCUCCUAGUGACCACUGCUAAAAGUCGGGGCCUGUUUGUUUCAAAGAGCUGGAAAACAAUGGGACAGACAAUGCCCUCUUAAGAGGGGAUCGGAAAUGAACUAGUGAGGAAUUCAACUGCUGGAAGAAGGUGAAGGUGCACUUUUAUUGCUUAGAGAAUUGCUGUCUCCUGCAGCACCUCCUGAAGAUGUUCUUCAGUGUAAUGCAUCAAAGGAGUGU